GGUGCGUGCCAGUCCCGACUGUACAGAAGCGCGUUGACUACGUCCACGCUCAUGUCCAGCUGUAUUGUUACGUUUAUACCCUUUAAUUUUUCAUGUUCUACAAGGCGUACCACUUCGGACAACUUUUACAGUAGUACAGGCCGUCCAAAGCAUUAAACUUCGCCAGGGACGUCCGAAGCAUAAAGGUGCUCUCCCUCGCUCUCUCCAUGCUCUGUUUUCGACUUCUGUCCGAAAUCCUCCUAAACCCUAGCGAUCCGCAGCCACAAGCUCCAUGGAGAGCCCCGACAACUUCGAGUACUUUGCCGCUGACGACGGUUGCCCUUCUUGCUCCGACAUGGACUCCGCCGUCGCUGCCGUCGAAGCCCUCCUCCGGUACAAGUUCAAAAACAGAGCGCUGUUAGAGGAGGCCUUGACUCACCCCUCUUACACCGAUUCCCCCUCCUACCAGCGCCUCGAGUUCAUCGGCGAUGCCGCUCUCGGCGGCGCUGUCAGCAACUACCUCUAUCUUUCCCACCAAGAUCUUGACCCUGGGCAACUCUCUCUCAUUCGCUCCGCCAAUAUCAGCACCGAGAAGCUUGCUCGCGUCGCCGUUCGGCACGGGCUUUAUCAUUAUGUUCGCCGGCAUGCCGCCGCCCUUGAUGAUAAGGUGAGAGAGUUUGUAAAAGCAGUAAGCGAAGAGGUUGAUUUGGCUAUAUAUGGGGGAGUGGUGAAAGCGCCUAAGGUUCUUGCCGACAUUGUUGAGUCUGUGGCGGCCGCAGUUUAUGUCGAUUGUCGGUUUGAUCUGCAAUAUCUUUGGGUGGUUUUUAGGGAUUUGUUGGAGCCUAUUAUUACCCUUGAGGACUUGCGGCAGCAACCCCAGCCAGUGACUAUGCUGUUUGAGUUGUGCCAGAAGCAGGGUAAACAAGUAGAUAUCCAGCAUUGGAGGAAAGGGGACAAGGACAUUGUGAGUGUUUUCGUUGAUGGGAAGUUUGUGACUUCUAGCUCCUCAGAGCAGAAGGAAAUUGCUAAGCUUAAUGCGGCAAAGAUAGCUUUGGAGAAGCUAUCUCAAUCAAAUAAUGUUGAUUUAGGCAUGGUUGAGAGUUGUGAUGAGGUCAGUGGAACGCUAACAUGGGAGAUUGAAGCUGCAAAGCAGAAGUUGCAUGUGCUCUGUGUCAAGAAGAAGUGGCCCAAACCAACUUACACAAUUGAGAAAGAGAUCGGUCCUGGCCAUGAACGACAAUUUGUGUGCUCGGUUAAAGUGAAGGUGGCGGACACAAUGCUCUGUUCAAUGGGAAUCUCCAAGUCAAGAGUAAAGGAUUCAGAGAACUCUGCAGCCUCCUUCAUGCUUUCGUGUCUCCAGCAAUAUGGUUAUAAAGUAAAUGCCUGAGACUGAGCAGCCUAGAGUUAAAAAAACUCCUGCUGUGAAGGCUGUGUAUAUUUUUUAACUUGGCUAUCCUUCACCAUCAAAUAUGCCCAAACUGAAGGAUUCCAUUAAAUGGCUCAAUAGGACCAUGAAACUCCUAAUACAAAUUGUUCCACACCUCUUGUUUCAA